AUGCUUCAAAGUGUGCAGUUAAUUCAUUUUCUUUUGAUGAUCACUUCCGCUAGAGUAGCAGCAGAUAGCUUUUUCCUUGGUGAACACGGCGGCAAUGCAGAAGGGGAGCUUUCUAUAACAGAAAGUCACUUUGCUUGCGACCGCCGCCCAGGUUGUAUGGCUGUAAAAUAUGACAAGAAGACGAAACAAUCUCAGCUUAUUCAAGAAAAUGGUGGAAGAAGCAUUAUAGCAGAUAAGAAUGAAAUAGUUUGGAAGAAAGUAAGGUUUAAAUCUUGCAAAGAAGCAUUACCGAGCCACCUUAAUGAAGGCGAGUACUGGAUACAACACAUGAAUAUGGAGGUAACUGUCAGGGUAAGAUGCAAGAGAGAAGAAGGAAAGGUUUUAGCUAUGUUUGACCAUGACAGUGAAGCGAAAGUGAUUGUGGACGGUUUUGAAAAGCCAGACUACUACAUCCGUGUGUUGAAGUACAAAAACAAGCUUGAGGACAUGAUAGCGUUUGUUAAUUCAUCAAUCGCUUGCAAACAGUUCACAAGAUUUGACUGCAUUCACAUGUUGUUGGAGGAUUCUUACACUUUUCUAUCAGAUAGAAAUGGAAAAGAGAUGCUGUACAUAGGCGGUGGACCCCCAGCAGGAACGGGCUGCAGCUGUGGAAUAACAAAUACAUGUGCAUCAAGUACCGAGAAAUGUAACUGUGAUGAAAAUGAUCUAACAUGGCGCUAUGAUGAAGGUUACGUCACGGAAAAGGAGAGGCUUCCGCUUACCAAGGUGAGCAUGGGAGAUACUGGCUCAAACUAUGAGAAAGGAGCUCAUACGAUUGGAAAACUAAUCUGUGAAGAGUAGCUGUAAUAAACUGAGUGGCACGGCAGUUGACUACAGUUGCAUAAAUCAAAUUUCACGUGCAUUCAAGUUUGAUAAGCAAAGUUAAAUGAAUUCUUAUUUAAUGAAUCUUUUCAGAUAAUACAGAAAUAAAUGAGAUACUUCAGGUCUGAUUUUAUGUAUUAUGUAUUUAUGUAACAAACCUGAAUAUUAUUUAGUAAAAUUUAUUUUUGUGUAUUUCUUGUAGCUGUGAUUUUAAUUUUGUUUUGUUACGUGUUAUUCAUGUAUAUGGCUGCGAAGUUGUUAUGGUAACUUGCAUUGCGUCGUGUUGUCCUUGUAGUGUAUAUAAGUAGAUUCCACGUAGUAUAAUGAGUAGCUUGUAACUGUAAAAAUUUAUAUUGAAUUUAAAAAGAAUUCAUUGCACAGGCUCGACAAGUGAGUAAUUGUUCUGCAGCUGUACUGUCACUUUUGCCUUAUUCUGUGCAAUAAUUUUGCCCAAUAAGUGAAUUUUCUGGAGUAAAUUUGAACUCUGCCUUAAAAGGGUGCUUCUUUUGACAUCAGAUUUAUUACGGGCCAUUUUGCACCUAAUGCAUAAUACAUUUACUGACUUGGCACAUUUAGA